AACAAAUCAUCGAGCAACUAAUAGGAAAAGUGCAGCAGACAGCAGCGAAAAUGCACCACAAACAGCAUCGGCAUCUCCCCGCCCACGCCCCCGCCCCAAAAGCCACCCAAACAGAGGCCCACGAUCAUGGCCAGACUGCAAGCCAGAUCCAGAGAUGCAGCCAUAACCACAGCCCCAGUCUGGGCCACAGCUUUGGAGGCUCCAAGAGCCAGCGACAGCUGUUUGGCGCACUCUUGGCCAUGUUCAUGUUGGCGGCAUUUGCGUCGACCACCACUGGCGCUGUGACAGACUCCCCCAUCAAGAUUAUCCGGCUGCCGGCGCAGGCGCCAGUUAUCCGCUAUCGCAGCGCGGAUGCGGCGCCGGACUCGUUGCUGAUCAACUACCGCCAGGAUGCGCAGCCGGAGCUGUCCUCCACACUGAUGCAGGCACCCGGAGCGGCGGCGGCUGCCUUGGAGUCGCUGCUGCGCGACGAGAUGGAGCAGCAGCAGCUGGCACAGAUGGGCAGGCGGAAUAGGGCUAGCACCAGCGGCGCCGGCAACUGUCCUCGAUCCUGUCCACCGAGCAUUACCGUGGGCGCAGAGCCCGUGUGCGGCAGCGAUGGUCUCAUCUAUGCGAACAUAUGCGAGCUGCGCAAGAAGACCUGCUCCCGCAGUGGAGUGUCGCUGAUCAAGGAUGUGCGGGAUGGCUGCGAGCGGUCCAAGGGCUCGGACUGCAAGCACCGCUGCAGCACGGAAAAGGAUCCGGUUUGUGGCACGGACGGAAGGACGUAUUUGAAUCGCUGCAUGCUGAGGGUGCAAUCGUGUCGCGUGGGCUUGGCUGCCGUGAAGCUGUCCCAUGUGGGUCCUUGCAGCAACACCAGCGCCGUUCGCGAAUCCUGUCCGGUGGACUGCAAUAGUGCUCCGAAGGAUGGACCGGUUUGCUCGUCCGACGGCAAUGUGUACAACUCCACGUGCGAGAUGAAGCUGAAAACGUGCGGACAGGGUGUGGUGAAGACCAGCCGGAAGCACUGCCAGUCCACGCGAAUGUGCCGGGAAUCAUGCUGGCGUGUGGCGCGGCCCACGUGCGGAUCAGAUGGACGCCUCUAUGCCAGUCCGUGCAAAAUGCGCUCUUCCAAUUGCGGCAAGCACGUCUUUGAGGUGCCACUGUCCUACUGCAUGUCGCAGGAGAGGCAUGGCGCCUCCGAUGCCUGUCCCACGGAGUGUGCCAAGUCGGAGACGGACUCCUCGUCGCAGUACGUGUGCGGCAGUGAUGGUAACAUUUACUCCUCACUCUGUGAACUCAAAAUGCUCAACUGCGGUCCGCAGCGCAAGUCCAUACAGAAAGUGAGCAUGGACAAGUGCAAGAAUCGACUGACGCGCUGCAAGCAGCUGCCUCCUUGCAAGGAUUUCAACAGCCUGUUCGGUUCCAUCUUCAGCUCGAAGCGAAAUGACAAGCUCUGCGGCACGGACGCCAAGACCUACAAUAAUGAGUGCGAACUGGCCCACGCCACCUGCCUACGCGGCGUGAAUCUGGCCCACAUUGGACCCUGCACGGAUCUCAAUUCGCCGACGAAGGAUUGCGGGGAUGCCUGCACCCGGGCGGACUUGGAACAGCAGCCAGUGUGCGGUUCGGAUGGCAACACCUUCGCCUCCAUGUGCGAGUUCAAGCGGCGCACUUGCGAUCUCCGUGUGGUGCCCGUUUCACUCAAGAAUUGCGCUUUAACCGCCGACUGCGAAUCGGAUUGUGAUGCCCAGCCGCCAAGUUUCGUUUGCGGAUCGGAUAACAACCUGUACAAGUCCGAGUGCCACAUGCGCAAGGAGAACUGUGGCAAGCACGUCUUUGUGGUGCCACUGAAACGCUGCCUUGCCGCCUUCCAGCUGAAAGGAUGUGCCCGCAUCUGUCCCAGGGAAUUCGAGCCAGUUUGCGGCAGCGACAAUAAAACGUAUCUGAACGACUGCUUCCUGGAGAUCGAGAACUGCAGGGCGAACCAGACGGUGAACGUCAACUACUACGGCGCCUGUGGCCGCCCCGAAGCGCCAUCCACUAACUUCCUUUACUAGGACGUUGGCGUGGCGCCCCCAUUUCACUUGGCAUUUAAUAUUUGUAGGCUAUAGUCUUGUAUUGUACUUUUUUAAAACGAUAUUUAUUGUGUUUGAAUUAAAGCCCCCAACGAACU